AUGACACAACAUACGAAAGGGAGGGCUAUGUUUAUUUUUAAAUCAAUGAAUCAAAGUAAUUGCUCAAGAACUAAGCUGUAGAAUUUGGCAUUUAAUGAGGGCUACAGAAAUACAGUAGGCUUAAUUCAAGUGGCCGAUUUCCGUAACCAUCUAUCUCAGUAAUCCGUUCACCACCACCCCAUCCGAAAGCUAAAUGUGACGUUUCAAUAAUAAGUACUCGCAACCUUCUCGAAAGUGCUGCGUACGGGAGGAAGCAGAGCGAUGAUAUGAGCAGGAGCCUGCAAAUGGACACGUGGCAGAGGCUGGCGCAAACCACCCAGGCACUAAAGUGUGGGAUUGGCUUCGGGCAUUAUUUUUACAGAUCGCUGCCCACGAGACGAUGUCUUGCGAGAAAAGCAAGCGGGGGGCUCUCCAAAUAACAAUAAACACAACCGUCGUGAAAGGUUAAUCGCGAGUGAUGUUUCCAGCCGGAGUUCGCCUCCCGCCCGGGUUUUUCUGCUUGCCGAGCCCCGCGCGCAAUAAACGAUUUUUUUAUCCCGGCGAAAAGGGGGUCGCGCCUUUCGGCGACCUCCGUCUUGCGCAAGACCUAAAGUUGGAAGGACACGUCCUCCUGGCAGCCGAGAAGGGAAAGGCAGCCAGUUAGUUCCCAAGCCUCGGCCGGCUCCCCUUCCCCGGGGACCAGAACCCAGGUGGGUUUCUGCUGCGGGAUCUGCGCGCUGCGCAGCCGGCUGCUGCUGCCUUCUCCGCGGAUGCCUCCCUGCGCGCCGAGUAGGAGCAGCUGCCGUCUCGACCCGAGGGAGAUCGGCGUCUAUCAAUCAGACGCAGAGCGGGGGGAGAAGGCAGAUCCGGCAUAGGCGCCUCCAAUCCGGAUUCAGCCACCGCUACUCCGGCUGCAGCGGGAGCAUGGAGAGCCCCGGCGCGGAGAGCAGCGCCUAGCCAGGACUGGAAGGCGACGCCGGGCCCGGCGCUAGAGCGGACCCUGCUCCAGCCGCUCCCGGUUUCCUUUACUCCUCCUCCUCCUCCCCUUCACCUGGCCGGGGGAUCAUGAGCGGCUGGGCCAGGCUCGCCGGGCUGCUGCUGGCCGUCGCCGGAUCCCGCGAGCUGCAGCCUCCCCGCGCGCAAAGGAGAGGCGCCGGGGCGGCCGGCGCGGAAGAGGCAGCCCAGUUCGACACCGUCUACUCCGGCCAGGUCAACCGAGCCGCUGAGCGCCUUUACGCCUUCAACUACACCAGCAAGCCGGGCCAGGUGGAUGCAGUCCGGGUUAAUGUGCAGAGUAACUCUGAAGAUCUUCAGUAUCCAGUCUUGUUUGUAGUUCGGCAGCAGAAAGGAGUGCUAUCCUGGCAGGUCCCACUUAUUUUUCGAGGCCUUUACCAAAGAAGUUAUAACUACCAAGAAGUGAGCCGUACCCUCUGCCCUUCACAGCCCACACCUGACAGUGGACCUUCUGAGCAGAUCAUAUUCGUAGAUGUGGCUUCCAUGGCCCCCUAUAAUGCCCUAUACAGACUGCAGGUCACCAAGAUUAAGAGCUUCCAACUUAUGUUGAACACUCCUUUUAGCUUCAGUGCCAGCCCUUCCCAACCGCAGUAUUUUCUGUACAAGUUCCCUCCAGAUGUGGAUUCUGUCAUAGUCAGAGUGACUUCCGAGACAGUCUACCCAUGCUCCGUUGUCUCCAUACAGGAUAUUGUGUGUCCAGUUUAUGAUUUGGACCAUAAUGUGGAAUUUAAUGGCGUUUACCAAUCCAUGACAAAACAGGCAGCCAUCACUGUGCAGAAAAAGGACUUCCCAAGCAUGCAGUUCUUUGUUGUAUUUGUCAUAAAGCCUGAGGACUAUGCCUGCGGGGGAUCGAUACCUUCCUCCAUUCGAGGAAAGACUAACUACACCUGGAACCUGCAGCGGAUGAAGAGUCUUGAAGUGACAGUGGUGCCCUCCAUUAAAGGUUCUGUUUAUGUGAACGCCAUCCUUUUCAGCUUUCUGAGUUUCUUCUCAUUCUAUCUGGGCGCACUGGUGGUUGCAUUUGUGCACUACGUCAGGAACCAUAGGAAGCCUUCAAUUGCCGGACACAGUCCUGAUGAUGGGUCUGGGACUGUGGCCUCCUCUCAUCCUAUCACUGCCAGCACUCCGGAGGGAAGCAGCUAUGGAGCUAUUGAUGAGUCAAGCUCCAGCGGGGGCCAGCAGCUGUCUCUGGAGCGCAGGCCUCGUCGCGGCUCUGACACAGACAGCUCCGUGGAAGAGGAAAGCGACUUUGACACCAUGCCUGAAAUUGAAAGCGACAAGAACGUCAUUCGCACAAAGAGACUGCUAUAUCUGUCAGAUUUAUCCAGGAAGGAUCGGAGAAUUGUCAGCAAAAAAUAUAACAUUUAUUUCUGGAACAUCAUCACAAUAGCAGUCUUCUAUGCCCUGCCUGUGAUCCAGCUGGUGAUCACGUACCAGACGGUGGUGAAUGUGACUGGAAACCAGGACAUCUGCUAUUAUAAUUUCCUGUGCGCUCAUCCACUGGGUGUCCUGAGUGCUUUUAACAACAUCCUCAGCAAUGUGGGUCACUUGCUGCUGGGCUUCCUCUUCCUCCUGAUUGUGCUGCGCAGAGACAUCCUCCACAGACGCUCCCUGGAAGCCAAAGACGCCUACACAACGGAAUACGGGAUUCCCAAGCACUUUGGCCUCUUCUAUGCCAUGGGCAUAGCUUUGAUGAUGGAAGGUGUCCUCAGUGCUUGCUAUCACGUCUGCCCCAACUACUCUAACUUCCAGUUUGACACCUCCUUCAUGUACAUGAUCGCAGGGCUGUGCAUGCUGAAGCUCUACCAGACCCGCCACCCUGACAUCAACGCCAGCGCCUACUCUGCCUACGCAUCCUUCGCAGUGGUCAUUUGCCUUGCUGUGCUCGGAGUGGUUUUUGGAAAAAAUGCUUUGUGGUUUUGGAUCCUCUUCUCAGUCAUCCAUGUUGUGGCCUCACUUGGACUCAGCACCCAGAUCUACUACAUGGGCCGUUUCAAGAUAGAUGUCUCUGAUCCAGACUUUGGGAUUUUCCAGCGUGCGGUUAUGGUCCUCUACACAGAUUGCAUCCAGCAGUGCAGCUGGCCAAUGUACACGGACAGAAUGGUCCUGCUUGUCGUUGGGAACCUCGUAAACUGGUCCUUUGCCAUUUUUGGACUGGUGUAUCGGCCGAAAGACUUCGCCUCCUACAUGCUGGGAAUCUUCAUUUGCAAUCUUCUGCUGUAUCUUGCUUUCUACGUCAUCAUGAAGCUCCGCAGCUCAGAGAGGCUUCUGCUCAUCCCUCUAUUCUGCAUUGUGGCCACAGCUGUGGUUUGGGCUGCAGCCCUUUAUUUCUUCUUCCAAAACCUUAGCAGCUGGGAGGAAACGCCGGCAGAGUCCCGAGAGAUAAACCGCCCGUGUAUCCUUCUGGGAUUCUUUGAUGAUCAUGAUGUCUGGCACUUCCUCUCAGCAGCUGCACUGUUCUUCUCCUUCUUGGUCCUGUUGACUCUGGAUGACGACUUGGAUUCUGUGCGGAGAGACAAGAUACCCGUUUUCUGAACCGCAGGAAGUUUUGGCGGUGCUUGCUCAAACCCAUUGUGUUGCCAGCCCAGGGCAGUUGACGGAAAACAAACUUGUUGGUGUACACAAUGCGCACCAAGUGUACACUGGGAAGAAACGUGUUCAAGCCAACUGGCAAAUAAGGAAGACCUGAACAGAGGACAAGAAUCUUUUUGCAACUGGAAGGCUCAGGCUUGUAUGCCAGAUUGUUGGUAGAAAGUAGAGAGAUGAGAAUAAUUAUCUGGGGGUUGCAGAUCUUUUUCAGCCAUCUGAUGAAGAAUAAAAUUUACUCCCCAAUGUGAAUUUUAGUGGUGGAACUUAUGCUUCCACUCACUGCCUGGAAACAGCGGGUAUAAGUGCAAUAGUGUUGAGACUUGAGAGAUCUCUUGUAUUGAAAAAUCAAGCAUGUAUUGGCCAUUGAAGCUAUGGUUCUUAGUCUGAUUCUUCUGCUGUUUAUGGUAAGCCGUUAUCCUUUUUACUACUCAUACCCAACUGCUUAAUUUAUCACCAUUAGUUUACAAUGGAGCAUCCUAUCUGCUCCUAUACAAGAAUGCUUUGACCCCACCCUGGUCUGCCAAUAACAGCCCACCACCAUUUUAUUUAAAUUCCAAUUUAAAAAUUGCACCCACCCUGUACCCUUCUUCCUCAGAGAGUUAUUUCUUGGCUAAUUUGAUUAGCACAGCUGGAAGGGAAAAGCACACGCCUCAGAAAGGAGCUUUCCAAUCUGGGCUACAGGUAUGGUAUGAUAGCCAUGUUCAAAUAUAUAAAAGGGUGUCAUAUAGAGGAGGGAGAAAGGUUGUUUUCUGCUGCUCCAGAGAAGCGGACACGGAGCAAUGGAUCCAAACUACAAGAAAGAAGAUUCCACCUAAACAUUAGGAAGAACUUCCUGACAGUAAGAGCUGUUGGACAGUGGAAUUUGCUGCCAAGGAGUGUGGUGGAGUCUCCUUCUUUGGAGGUCUUUAAGCAGAGGCUUGACAACCAUAUGUCAGGAGUGCUCUGAUGGUGUUUCCUGCUUGGCAGGGGGUUGGACUCGAUGGCCCUUGUGGUCUCUUCCAACUCUAUGAUUCUAUGUGUUCUCUUCCUCAUCCACAAUCUGCCGCUCCUCUCCCUGCCAUCAUGUUAUUAUUUAGAAAGCCAUUUUUCAGGCCCCUUGAACUGAAAGGACAGUGUUGGUUCUGUUCUCAAAGAGGGUAAAAGGCUCUGUGUAUUGCAGUGUUACGAUACUUCAAGGUCUAGGAGUCCCCUAUCUCUUCUGGUUGUUGCUGCAGCAGACUGCUCAUGAAUUCUUUUCCGAAAGCUGCAGUUAUUAUUAUUAACAUUUGCUGUGAAUGCCAAAUGGAUUAUUUUCUUAAGUAUGCCUUUCUCUUGAGAAGAGGAAGAGGAAUGGUUUUAGGAAGCAACUCUUACAUUUUUCCUAAAUUGCUUUAUUUUAGAUUACACAUAGCAGGGCACUGCGUUUCUUGUUUGUCCCCAGCUCUGCUGAAUUUUUGAAUCAAAAGUUGGUUCACUAUGACUAGGUAAGGUAGUAAUUAUUCCAAAAGUGUAUCGAUGGAAUCUACCCAAAUAUCUGCCCAUUCUGCUGUUAAUUCUUAAACCAGCUAUUAAACCAGCUCAGACUGUGCUGUCUGCUUACCUGGGCAAAAGUACUUUUGUAUCAAAGUACCAGGUGCUGAAAUGCUGCACUGAUGUGUUUUACAAUGUCGUUGUGUCAAAUGCAAUCAAAUGUUUAAAAGAAACCUGAGAACUCAAAACAAAAUUAGUUCCAUUCUUAUAUCAACUAAAAACAAACAAACCCACCCAAAGCUUCUUCUGCACCCCUAACUUGUACCUCCUCCAUAUCUGCUGCCUGGAGGUUGUACUCAAGAGUCUGGAGAGACGGUAUUCAUGAACCCCUUUUCAAAUCCUUAUCAACCUUUGUAUUUCAUAAAACUUGUGGCCAGCAAUGGACAGUGUGGGGUGGAAAGGCUCCGUUUCAAAUUCCACCUCGGGCAUAAACUUGGUAGCUAUGGGCACAAUUCUGUCUCAGAGACUCAGGACGCCUUCCGUUGUCAACGGGAAAAAUAUCAGCCUGCCCUUCAGCUAAGAACUUUUGACAGAAUGUAAGUGAAGCACUGUUGUUACUUCGUAUGUAUUAUACAUUGCAUUUUUUCAGUGUUCCAUUACCUAAAGAGAUGUUUAAACAGUAGUUUCCUUGUGCUUCUGAUUUGUAAGUUUAGCGCCUUUCAUUUCAUGCCGGUCUUCUUUUCUUUCUUUAAAAGCUCAGUCCAAAUACUGAACAGACCAACCAUAUGCUAUAAAGUUCUAGAAGGAAGGGAACCCAGGAGAAUAGGCCAAAUCAGGCUGUUUCUUUUGGUCUCAUCCCCCCAAACUUUUAGCCAGGGCUGGGGUGACAGGCAGAAUUUGGAUCAGCUAGUCAAAGCUGCUAACAGAUAAAAAAGGAACAUGAGAGUAUAUGGACCCAGUUUGUAAACACAGAGGCGUUCUUAAGUGAAACUUGCUAGCCGAUUUAAAGUGAUAAAUACAUCUACAAUGCAGAAGUAGGCAGAUCAAAGAAGUUAAAAUUAGUUAAAAACCACAAAAAGAAUUUCUUGACUUUAAAUUCUUUACAUUUUUCUUUAAAAAAUUACAGUUUAUAAACUUUGGCUGCAACUUGCAGCCAGGAUUUAAGCACAGGAUCACAGGCAUUGGGGUUUUUUUCCUGGAAGGGGAAGUGGAACUAGAAAGUAUAUAGAGUACGCAAAAAUGAAAGUACACAAACUGUACAUUUUUAAAAUAAAAUACCAUUUUGUUCGUAUCUAUACAAUUUUUACAAUCAAUAAAUUGUUACAUUUAAUAAAAAUCUGAGACCUUUCAUCAAAACCACUGUUGUAAAUAUUUACAUCUGAAUGCAACGAAUUUGUAAAAAGAUGUCAAAAUAAAUGGAACAAAAUCUUAUUUACAAUAA